CCGCGUUCAGUUUUUGUUUUGAUUCCGCGUGGUAUUGACUUUGUUGUGUGUUCGCCGGUUCGGUUUGUAAACGUUUCUCGGAGUUUUUGGUGAUUUUCUGUGCGCGAAAAAGUCGUCCAGUCGCAAAAUGCCGAUGGCAAAGGCCCAACUCACUGAAGAGCCCCCGGCCAAGAUGCGCAAGGGUGCCCUCACCGUGGCCCAAAUCAAUGCGGACGAGUUGACCUUCUUGGCCAAUCGGUUCUGGGCUCCGGACACGGCCGGUUCCCACGAGGAAUACAAUGCCGGUAUCAUUGAGGAAAUUUAUCGGCGGGAGAUUUGUGAAUCGCGUUACUCGAUGCGGCGGAUCAUGAUGUUGGAGUUUAGUCAGUAUCUGGAGAAUUAUCUGUGGCCGAAUUUCCGCGGGGAUGUGUCCUCCCGGGCACACCUGAUGUCCAUUGUGAUCAUGUUGAAUGAAAAGUUUCGCGAAAAGGUUGAAGUGUGGAAAGUGUUCGACGUUAAUGGGGAUCAGUUUCCGUUGUUUUUCCAACGGGUUUUGGAAGCUUGUCUGGAAGACACAACGGUCAAUCCGUUCAAUAUGCGAGAGCAAACAUCUCUGCUAGUGUUUUUGAAUCACUGCUUCAAUAGCAUGGAAGUGGAGCUUUGUAGAAACCAGGCGAAGCGACUGGUUUCAUUGGCCAUGUGGUCCUGUUUGCAGCCCAAGCGUCGUGAUCAGGAGCUAAAGGAGAUUCCGGAGUGGAGAAAGUUUUGGAAGAAGCUGCAAAAGCGAGACAAAGCAUCCGACAAGGAAAAGGUCGAUUGGGAAAGGCAUUUUUUGCAGAAUUUGAUGAUUAAGUUUAUGAACAUUUUGGAAUCUAUCACAGAGGAGGGGGCGGUCUGUGAAGAAACGGUGCGUUAUUGUGAGCGAUUCCUUGAGUUUCUGAUUGAUUUGGAAGCGCUGCUGCCAACUAGGCGGUUCUUCAACACGGUAAUGGAUGACUGCCAUGUUGUUGUACGGUGUUCGAUGGCUCCACUGUUGCAGCGAAACGAGGGAAAUCUUUUCGCACAGCUUCUGGACAUGUUGAAGUUUUACGCCCGCUUCGAAAUCAACGACGAAACCGGCGACCCGCUGACCGACCAUGACAUGACCCAGAUCCACUACUCGAAGAUCAAGGCCCUACAGAAGGCGGCGUUCGCCAAGUUUCCAGAUCUGCGGCUGUUCGCUCUGAGCAACGUGGCCAACGUGGAUACCCGUGAAUCGCUGGAGAAGCACUUCGGCGCACUGGACGGCAGGAGUCUGAAGGAAAUCGCUUGCUAUUUGAAUUUGGUGCCGGAGCAGCUGGAGGCACCUUUCGAUUGGCACCGUGUGGAUGAACCGUUUCUGAGGGAGCUGUUGAUUUCGCGGCAUGAGCGUCGGGUUUCACAGUUGGAUUCGCUGAACGAGAUGCCGCUGUAUCCGACGGAGGAGAUCAUCUGGAAUGAGAACAUUGUGCCAACGGAAUACUACUCGGGGGAAGGAUGCUUGGCCCUUCCGAAGUUGAAUCUACAGUUUUUGACGCUUCAUGAUUAUUUGCUGAGAAAUUUUAAUCUGUUUCGCCUAGAGUCGACAUACGAAAUUCGUCAGGACAUCGAGGAUGCCGUAAGUCGCAUGCUUCCCUGGCAAUCGGAGGAAAGCGAAGUUGUGUUCGGAGGUUGGGCCCGAAUGGCACUUCCGAUCCAGUCGUUUGCGGUGGUUGAGGUUUCCAAACCGCACAUUGGUGAAAAGAAGCCGUCGAGAGUGAGGGCGGACGUCAGCGUUACGCUGAACGUUCGCAAGGAAAUUCAGGAAGAGUGGGAGAACCUGCGGAAGCAUGAUGUGUGUUUUCUGGUAACCGUCAGACCGAUGACACCCAUUGGCGUCAAAUACGAUUAUAAGGAACAUUUUGUUCCGCAAGUUGGGUUGGUUAAUGUAAGAGGAUGUGAAAUCGAGGGGAUGUUGGAUGCAAAUGGGCGAGUAAUCGAGGAUGGAAUCGAACAGCGACCUCAGCUGAGUGGAGAGCAACGUACUUACCGCGUAUGGUUGGAUUCCAAUCAGUACCGAGUGGACAUGGAUAUGCUUCAGACGGGUGGCGAUGAUGUGUAUGAGGGAUUCAACAUCAUUAUGCGCCGAAAGCCGAAGGAGAAUAACUUCAAGGCCGUUUUGGAGACCAUCCGUCACUUGAUGAAUACGGAGUGUGUAGUGCCACCGUGGCUGCAUGAUAUCCUGCUCGGAUAUGGCGAUCCAAGUGCGGCUCACUAUAGUCGUAUGUCGGAUCAGGCACGCGUUUUGGAUUUUAAUGACACCUUUCUAGAUAUUGACCACGUGAGGAGUAGCUUUCCAGGCUACGAAACUGUGGUGAAGGAAACGGAGCCAAGUAAGUUGGUGCGUCCCUUCCGGUUGACGUUCGAGGACGUUCCAGAGCAGGUCGAUAGUAGCGAUGAGGAAGACGAUGAAAAGAAGGUUGAACUACCCAAGAAGAUCUUGGUUGAACCGUAUACGAUACCGAAGCGAGGACCGUACAAAUACAACGAACCCAAAAAGAACGCCAUUCGCUUCACACCAACCCAAGUGGAAGCCAUCAAGGCGGGUAUGCAGCCGGGUCUUACGCUGGUAGUCGGUCCACCAGGUACCGGUAAAACCGACGUUGCGGUGCAAAUAAUAUCCAACCUGUAUCACAAUCAUCCGAACCAGCGCACCCUAAUCGUGACCCACUCCAAUCAGGCAUUGAAUCAACUGUUCGAGAAAAUUAUGGCCUUGGACAUCGAUGAACGACAUUUGCUACGUUUGGGUCAUGGCGAAGAGUCGCUGGAAACAGAGAAGGACUACAGUCGCUACGGUAGAGUCAACUACGUUUUGUCCAAGCGUAUCGACCUAUUGGGACAGGUUCAGCAACUCCAGGACUCGCUUGGAGUUACUGGAGAUGUGGCUUACACCUGUGAAACAGCAGGUCACUUCUACUUGUAUCAGAUCAUUGCCCGCUGGGAGAAAUUCCUUAGCGAGUUCGAAGGCAGCAAAGAGUACAAAAAUGCUUCUGCCUUUGAGGAAGAAUUUCCAUUUACCAAGUUUUUCCAAGAUGCCCCUCAGCCCCUGUUUCAUGGAAGCACUUUUGAAGAAAAUAUGGAGAUUGCUCGCAGCUGCUAUCGGUACAUUUCCCAUAUUUUUACCGAGUUGGAAGAGUUUCGGGCUUUUGAGCUACUUCGCAGCGGUUUAGAUCGAUCGAAAUACCUUUUAGUCAAAGAAGCCAAGGUCAUCGCCAUGACCUGUACUCAUGCAGCCUUAAAACGCAAAGAACUGGUCAACAUGGGUUUCAAGUACGAUAACAUCCUAAUGGAAGAAUCCGCCCAAAUUCUUGAAAUCGAAACCUUCAUCCCACUUUUGCUUCAGAACCCCAUGGAUGGGUACAACCGUUUGAAGCGUUGGAUCAUGAUCGGGGAUCACCACCAACUGCCUCCUGUAAUCAAAAACAUGGCAUUCCAGAAGUACUCGAACAUGGAGCAAUCGCUUUUCACGCGUUUGGUUCGAUUAGGUGUACCAACGAUCGACCUUGACGGCCAGGGUCGUGCCCGCUCCAGUAUUUGUGAAUUAUACAAGUGGCGCUAUUCCAAGCUCGGCGAUCUGGAUCAUAUCACCCAAUGGCCUGAAUAUCUCAACUGUAAUCCAGGCUUCGCGUACGGUUAUCAACUGAUCAACGUGGAAGACUUUAAUGGCAUUGGCGAAUCGGAACCCAAUCCCUAUUUCUACCAGAAUCUUGCCGAAGCCGAAUACAUCGUAGCAGUAUUUAUGUAUAUGCGUCUUAUUGGAUACCCGGCGGAGAAAAUAUCCGUUCUAACCACAUACAACGGGCAAAAGCAUCUAAUUCGAGAUGUAAUUGACGCUCGUUGCGCUGAUAACCCUCUCAUCGGAAAACCGCACAAGGUUACCACGGUAGACAAGUACCAGGGUCAACAGAAUGACUACAUUCUUCUGUCGUUGGUUCGCACCAAAACUAUCGGUCACAUUAGGGAUGUCCGCCGUCUGGUGGUUGCUAUGAGUCGUGCCCGCCUUGGACUGUAUAUUUUCGGACGGGUUUCGCUAUUCAAGAAUUGUGUUGAAUUGCAACCAGCAUUUAAGUUGCUCACAAAGCGCCCUCUCCAGCUACAUCUACUGACCGAGGAAACCGUUCCAUGUUCCCGGAAAGUCGACGACCAACUUGAGAAAAAAGCUCACGUUGUUAAGGAUAUGACCGAAAUGGCACAGUUCGUGUACAACUUCUACAUGAAAAAGGUCAACGUAAUCCGCGACGAAAUGGAGAAAAUGAAGGAACUCUACGAAAAGCAGCAAAGGGAACAGGCUGCCAAACAACCACAAGAAGAUCAGGCAGCGGUGGCCGCUGCCAAAGCGGAAGCGGAAAAAGCUCAAGAACAACCGAAGGAGUUUGUUCCGACUCCCAUCUGUAACGAGGUAGACAUGAUGGACGAUUUGCACCAACAGGCGAUAUUGAAGAAACGAUCCAAAAAGAAGGGUGGAGCUAUAUUGACUAUUCCGAAGCCCGUACCGGUUAAGGAAGUAGUGGUCGAAGAGAAGGAAGAAGAAAGCGACAGUGGAGCGGACCAGGAAGUUAUUUCCAAAAAAAUGGAAGUGGAAGAGAACCGCGAGGAUCAGGAAGAAGAAAAGGAAGAAUUGAUUGAGACGGAAGCUUCUACCGAAAAUCAACAGGAAAGCAAUGAAGACGAGGAUAAGUAAUUACAUGAGGUAAAAGGUAACAAUUAAUUUUAUAUUCCGAUUCAAUACAUUACCUAUUUAACUUUACAUUUUUCAAUAUUUCAAUAAAAGUAAUAACAAUUUAAAUAA